CAAAAGUUCCUUACCGAUGAGUGAAACCGAGAGGGAAGCAUUCAAAGCUGUUAUCGACAAUAUGGUUGCACAAGAACUAAGAUGCGUUGCUCUUGCAUUCACAACCAUUGCAAACGAAGAUGUUCCAUCUCAAAAGGAAAUAAAAAAUUGGAUAUUACCAAAAGGAGGACUUGUUCUGCUUGGUAUCUUUGGUAUUAAGAAUCCAUGUCGCCCAGUUGAGGAUGAUGAGAUGCAGGCUUUAGCAACUUUCGAGGAAGAGAACAAGAUAGAGGCCAGAGGAGAAUGUUAAAGUAGGAGUUUGUGCUUUUACUUUUGAAAAAAAAAAAUGGAGUUGAUUUUUGAUGUAGACGGAAGAGGAGACCAAGGAGAUACCUGACGACAACGUCCCAGAUGAUAAUCAAGAGUGCUCCUCAUACGUUACAGAUUCCAGCGCUUUUCUUGCUGGUGAGAAGAUAAAACCUGAACAGUGGCGCUAUUAUUACGACACCGAUCUCUGCG